AUGUUUGAACGUACAAAGAAUGCAUUCCAAGAAAUCAGUAAGGCAUUAGACGAGGUUUGUAAAGCACUUCAAAUACCUUUUGCUCAAACAUGGAUUACAUGCCUGGAUUCGGUUGCUGGCUACAGUUUCUUUGAUGGAAGUGGGCAUGACAAGUUGACAACUGUUAAUGCACCGUUUUUUAUGGCAGUGGAUGACUUAUACCGUUUCCACAUAACACAUCAACUAUAUCAUAUACAAAAGGGCAAGGGAGUUGUUGGCAGAGCAUUUUUAUCCCAUAAUGCAUGCUUCUGCAAAGAUACAACUAAGUUGAGCAUAAUUGAGUACCCCUUAGUACACCAUGCAUAUGACGCUGGGUUAACUAGCUCUUUUGUAAUUUCCCUGCGGAGUUCAUACACUGGAGAUUUUGUUUACAUACUGGAGUACUUUUUGCCCCCUGUAAAAAUAGAUGGUGAAGACCUCCAAAUGUUUUUGGACUCGUUAUUGGGCACCAUGAAGCAGCAUUUCCACAGUUUUAGGGUUGCUUCAGGAGAACUGGGUGAAAAAUUGUCUGUUGAAGUCAUUAAAUUGUCUAUGGAUGAUAAACUUAACUCCUUUGAAAUAUGCCAAACGACUAGAUCUCCACCUAGGCUUGAAGCCCUUAGAGAUGGAGGAGAGAUAACAGUGGAAGUUGCCACAAAUAGUGGAAGGAAUGUUGUUGGUGCAGAACAAAGAAACUCAACUAGCUAUCUGCCUAUGCUUGAGGCCUGUCAAAAUGGAAGCAAGAUAGUGCAGCCAGAUUCAUCAUAUCAUAAAGCUAUGACUGAAGUUGAUGCCACCAAUAGUGGAAGGAAUGUUGUCAGUGUAGAACAAGGGGAUUCAUCACAUUGGAAAUCUAUGUCUGAAGUUGGUGCCACAAAUUGUGGAAGGAAUGUUGUUAGUACAGAACAUAGAGCCAUUAGCAGUCUCUCUGCGGUUCUGGCCUUGUAA